AUGGCGGUAACUUUUGCAGAUGGUGUGAUAUUAGGUGCGGAUUCCCGUACAACCACUGGAGCAUAUAUCGCGAAUCGUGUAACAGAUAAAUUGACUAGAGUUCAUGACUCUAUUUGGUGUUGUAGGUCAGGAUCAGCUGCAGAUACGCAAGCUGUUGCCGAUGUAGUACAACACCAUUUAGAAUUGUAUACUGUACAAUAUGGAGCACCAUCGACUAAGACUGCGGCAUCAAUCUUUAGAGAAAUAUGUUAUGAGAAUAAGGAUGCGUUAUCAGCCGGGAUCAUUGUUGCAGGUUAUGAUGAGCGGAGCAAGGGAGAAGUUUAUAGUAUACCAUUGGGAGGAUCGCUGCACAAACAGCCUUUUGCAAUUGCAGGAUCCGGUUCUACGUUCAUUUACGGGUACUGUGAUAAGAAUUUCAAAGAGAAUAUGACCAAGGAGGAAACGAUAACGUUCAUGAAAAAUUCUUUGUCCCAAGCGAUUAAAUGGGACGGCUCUUCUGGUGGUGUUAUAAGAAUGGUGGUAUUGACAAAGGAAGGUGUCGAACGUUUGAUCUUCUAUCCUGAAGAUUAUGAAAAAUUAUAG